CUCACUUCCUGAAAUACCCCUGAAGAGGGUUGCUUAUCUUGAUGGAACUCAAAAAGCCAAAAAGCUGCAGGCAGAGGCCUUGAGGACAUUUGUUUGGGGAACUAAGAGCAGCAGCACUUUCAGAUUCAGUCCAUAUAGAGCUGUCCUACAGCGUUCUGGAAACUUGAGGAUGUGCGGCGCAUAAGGGGGCUGGAAGUGACCCACCUGUGAUGAGCCCUUUCUAAGGAGAGGGGUUUCCAAGAGAUCACCCCACCAGAAAAGGGUAGGAAUGAGCAAGUUGGGAAUUUUAGACUGUCACUGCACAUGGACCUCUGGGAAGACUUCUGGCGAGAGCUAGGCCCACUGGCCCUACGGACGGAUCUUGCUGGCUCACCUGUCCCUGUGGAGGUUCCUCUGGGAAGGCAAGAUGCCUAACAACAGCACUGCUCUGUCAUUGGCCAAUGUUACCUACAUCACCAUGGAAAUUUUCAUUGGACUCUGCGCCAUAGUGGGCAACGUGCUGGUCAUCUGCGUGGUCAAGCUGAACCCCAGCCUGCAGACCACCACCUUCUAUUUCAUUGUCUCUCUAGCCCUGGCUGACAUUGCUGUUGGGGUGCUGGUCAUGCCUUUGGCCGUUGUUGUCAGCCUGGGCAUGACAAUCCACUUCUACAGCUGCCUUUUUAUGAGCUGCCUACUGCUUAUCUUUACCCACGCCUCCAUCAUGUCCUUGCUGGCCAUCGCCGUGGACCGAUACUUGCGGGUCAAGCUUACCGUCAGAUACAAGAGGGUCACCACUCACAGAAGAAUAUGGCUGGCCCUGGGCCUUUGCUGGCUGGUGUCAUUCCUGGUGGGAUUGACCCCCAUGUUUGGCUGGAACAUGAAACUGACCUCAGAGUACCACAGAAAUGUCACCUUUCUUUCAUGCCAAUUCGUUUCCGUCAUGAGAAUGGACUACAUGGUAUACUUCAGCUUCUUCACCUGGAUUUUCAUCCCCCUGGUUGUCAUGUGCGCCAUCUAUCUUGACAUCUUUUACAUCAUUCGGAACAAACUCAGUCCGAACUUCUCUAACUCCAAAGAGACGGGUGCAUUUUAUGGACGAGAGUUCAAGACGGCUAAGUCCUUGUUUCUGGUUCUUUUCUUGUUUGCUCUGUCAUGGCUGCCUUUAUCUAUCAUCAACUGCAUCAUCUACUUUAAUGGUGAGGUACCACAACUUGUGCUGUACAUGGGCAUCCUGCUGUCCCAUGCCAACUCCAUGAUGAACCCUAUCGUCUAUGCCUAUAAAAUAAAGAAGUUCAAGGAAACCUACCUUUUGAUCCUCAAAGCCUGUGUGGUCUGCCAUCCCUCUGAUUCUUUGGACACAAGCAUUGAGAAGAAUUCUGAGUAGUUAUCCAUCAGAGAUGGCUCUGUCUCAUUGACCUUCAGAUUCACCAUCAACAAACACUUGAGGGCCUGUAUGCCUGGGCCAAGGGAUUUUUACAUCCUUGAUUACUUCCACUGAGGUGGGAGCAUCUCCAGUGCUCCCCAAUUAUAUCUCCCCCACUCCACUACUGUCUUCCUCCACUUCAUUUUUCCCUUGUCCUUUCUCUCUAAUUGAAUGUUUUGGAGGCCUGACUUGGGGACAACGUAUUAUUGAUACUAUUGUCUGUUUUCCUUCUUCCCAAAUAGAAGAAUAAGUCAUGGAGCCUGAAGGGUGCCUAGGUGACUUACUGACAAAAGGUUCUAGUUGGGCUGAACAUGUGUGUGGUGGUGACUCAUUUCCAUGCCAUUGUGGAAUUGAGCAGAGAACCUGCUCUCGGAGGAUGCCUAAGAGAUGUUGGGAACAGAAGGAAUAAACUGAGUUUAAGGGGGACUUAAACUGCUGAAUUCACCUGUGGAUGUUUUUCAGUAAAUAAAAGCUAAUAGCUAA